AUGAACGAAGGACCUGACAACAACUCGACUCAGCUGUAUGACAACUGGACGCUUUACAACUCCUCCGUGGAGUACGUCAUACCCCGGAACAACAUCACAUAUGUUGGAUUUUACCUGCACCAGCCGUCCACGGCCGCCAUCUUCAUCGUGUCCUACCUGCUCAUCUUCCUCGUGUGCAUGGUGGGGAACGCGGUGGUGUGCUUCAUCGUGCUGCGGAGCAAAAACAUGCGAACUGUUACCAACUUGUUCAUCCUAAACCUUGCUGUGAGUGACCUCCUGGUUGGGAUUUUCUGCAUGCCCACGACGCUUCUGGACAACAUAAUUACAGGAUGGCCUUUUGGAAGCCUGGUCUGCAAAAUGAGCGGCAUGGUUCAGGGGAUCUCCGUGUCAGCAUCCGUCUUCACUCUGGUCGCUAUUGCUGUCGACAGAUUCAGAUGCAUCGUCUACCCAUUCAAGCAGAAGCUGACCAUAUCCACAGCCACCUUGAUUAUAGUCAUUAUCUGGGUUCUGGCCAUAUCCAUCAUGUGUCCCUCUGGGGUGAUGCUUCAAGUGACCAAGGAGCAAACCAUUCGGGUGUUACUGGGCUAUGACAACAAAACAACUCCUUUUUAUUGGUGCAGAGAGAAUUGGCCGAACCAAGAGAUGAGGAAGAUUUACACCACCGUCCUGUUUGCAAACAUCUAUCUUGCCCCUCUUUCCCUGAUUGUGAUCAUGUACGCCCGGAUCGGCAUUACGCUUUUCAAAACAGCAGUUCCGACGGGAGGAAAGCCGGGCCACGACAACCGGCACACUGUGUCAAAGAAAAAGCAAAGGGUGAUUAAAAUGCUUCUAAUAGUCGCUCUGCUCUUCAUCCUUUCCUGGCUGCCUCUGUGGACUCUCAUGAUGCUGAGCGACUAUGCCAGCCUGACUGAGCAGCAGUACAGAAUCAUCAACAUUUACAUCUACCCCUUUGCCCACUGGCUAGCCUUCUUCAACAGCAGUGUCAACCCCAUCAUCUACGGUUUCUUCAAUGAGAACUUCCGCAGAGGGUUUCAAGCUGUGUUCAAGUUCAGCCUGUGCACGGCCGACGGACAGCGGAGGAAAACCUACUCGCACAGGCUGCAGGGAAACUCUGUGCUCCCAGCUAAUAAUGCACAAACAUCCCUGGAACCUAUUUCCCUCAACAGCCUGGAAAAGAACAGUUCCAGGCGAACCAAUCACGUCAAGGAGCAGGACUUGGUCAUGGAGGAUCUGGAAAAGGGAUCCUGCAGCAGCGGCGGUGUGACUGCAGUGUCUAUUUGA